AUGGCCUCCUCAAAUAGUACGCUACCGCUUCAUAUGUAUAUUAGGCCCUUAAUCAUUGAGGAUUUAGAACAGAUUUUGAAUUUGGAAAGCCAAGGUUUCCCACCAAAUGAAAGAGCUUCAGAGGAAAUUAUCAGCUUUCGUUUGAUCAAUUGUCCAGAACUGUGUUCAGGUCUUUUCAUCAGAGAGAUCGAGGGCAAAGAAGUUAAAAAGGAGACGCUAAUUGGACAUAUUAUGGGUACCAAGAUACCUCAUGAAUACAUUACUGUCGAAAGCAUGGGCAAAUUACAAGUGGAAUCUAGUAAUCAUAUUGGUAUCCACUCUGUCGUAAUCAAACCAGAAUAUCAGAAGAAGAAUCUUGCUACUUUACUAUUAACUGAUUACAUUCAAAAACUGAGUAAUCAGGAAAUUGGUAAUAAAAUUGUUCUGAUUGCCCACGAACCAUUGAUACCAUUUUAUGAAAGGGUUGGAUUCAAAAUCAUUGCUGAAAACACCAACGUUGCUAAGGACAAGAACUUCGCAGAACAGAAAUGGAUCGAUAUGGAAAGAGAACUAAUUAAGGAAGAAUACGACAACUAG